AAUUUAUUUCCAUAAAAGUUGCUGCCAAACACAUGUGUAUCAUAUGAACAGAGAACAAAACAUCAAUUUUGUUUCGUCAAUCGUUGGUGUUUUGACGGCUAAUACUUACAAUUGUAUUAAAAAAUAAGGCUCCAUCGAUUCAAAGACAAAAAGAAAAAUGGGUAUUCCUUCAGAACUUAGGGACGCUUGGGUCUCCAAAAGAAAUUCUUUCCUUAUUCCUUCUCCAGAUGAAGAGAGGAAGAUCUUAAGGACUAAGAAAUGUACCAAUGAAGGUGUGCGUGCUGGAUUCAAGGCGGCUGUCGUUGCAGCCAUUGCCAGUUCUGUGCCUACAUUGGCUGCUGUUCGCAUGAUUCCAUGGGCAAAAGCAAACCUCAAUUACACCGCGCAGGCACUUAUCAUAUCUGCGGCAUCCAUUGCAGGAUACUUCAUCACCGCCGAUAAAACUAUCCUGGAAUGUGCAAGAAGAAAUGCACAGCUUGAAUAUUCUCUUAGCCACAAUCGCGGCACUGAUUCAUCUUAGACACUUCUUUACUCAUCGCCGGUCUUGGCGAAUGAUUGUGCUAUUCCAACCUGUAGGCCUUGUUGCAAAGCUUUCCUUUCCGGGUCUCGGAUGGAUUUGAAGGUGUGCUCUUCAAUAAACUUUUUUUUUCUCUUGUUGUGUAACAGUUAUAUUUAGAAUUGCCUUUACAGUAAUCAGUAGGUAAUUUCAUAAGGAGAGUUUUGGGGAAUUGAUCUAGCUUGUUUUAUUUACAGUUGAAGUUUUGUAUAAAUAUUACAAUUUAAUAAAUUCUUAUAUUAAAGAAUAUGUUUCUGUGAGCUA